CCCGCCUACCGCCAGGCCCAGGCGCCAGCCUCCAAAGUCCAAACCCAGCUAGAGCUUAGAGCUAGCAUGGAGUCCGCCGCCCCGUGCCCGCGCGCGCACGCGCACCCCGUGGACCUCCGCUGGCUGCUCUCCGUCGCCGCCGGCGGCCUCUUCGCGCUGCUGCUGGUGCUGCUGGCCACCUCCCCGUCGUUCCGGCUCGCCUCCACCUCGCCCUCACCCCGCCUCUUCCUCGGCCCCGCGUCCGGCUCCUCCCGGGCGCGCCCACCACUCUUCGUCGAGCCCGCCCUGUCCCGCCCGGCGGCGCCGUCCCCGCCCGCGUCCGCCUCGCUCCCGCGCUUCGCGUACCUCAUCUCCGGCUCGGCCGGGGACGCCGGCAUGAUGCGCCGCUGCCUGCUGGCGCUCUACCACCCCAGGAACCGCUACGUGCUCCACCUAGACGCGGAGGCGCCCGACGCCGACCGGGCGGGGCUGGCCGCCUUCGUCGCCGCGCACCCGGUGCUCGCGGCGGCGCGGAACGUGAGGGUGGUCGAGAAGGCCAACCUCGUCACCUACAGGGGCCCCACCAUGGUGACCACCACGCUGCACGCCGCCGCCGCGCUCCUGUGGGGCGAGGGCAGGGGCCGCGGCGCCGACUGGGACUGGUUCAUCAACCUCUCCGCCUCCGACUACCCGCUCGUCACGCAGGAUGAUUUGAUGCAUGUGUUCUCCAAGCUGCCGCGCGAUCUCAACUUCAUCGACCACACGAGUAACAUCUCCUGGAAAGCGUUUGCGAGGGCGAUGCCGGUGAUCAUAGACCCGGCGCUGUACAUGAAGAAAAAGGGCGAUCUGUUCUGGGUGCCGGAGAGGCGGAGCUUGCCGACGGCAUUCAAGCUGUUCACUGGUUCCGCGUGGAUGGUGCUGUCCCGGGCGUUCGUGGAGUACCUGAUCUGGGGGUGGGACAACCUCCCGCGCACGGUGCUCAUGUACUACGCCAACUUCAUCUCGUCCCCGGAGGGCUACUUCCACACGGUGGCGUGCAACGCCGACGGGUUCCGGAACACCACGGUGAACAGCGACCUGCACUUCAUCUCCUGGGACAACCCGCCCAUGCAGCACCCGCACCAGCUCACCGUCGGCGACUGGGACCGGAUGCUCGGCAGCGGCGCGCCCUUCGCGCGCAAGUUCCGCAGGGACGACCCGGUGCUGGACAGGAUCGACGCCGACAUCCUCGCGCGGGGCCCCGGCACGGUGGCGCCCGGGGGCUGGUGCGGCCGCGGAGCAGCCGGCGGCGGCGGGCAGGGGCAGAGCAACGGGACCGACCCGUGCGCGGCCGUCGGGGACGCGGCGGUCCUGCGGCCCGGCCCGGGCGCCGAGCGGCUGCAGCGGCUCGUCACGUCGCUGCUGUCGGAGGAGAACUUCCGGCCCAGGCAGUGCGUAGUAGAAAACGAGAACUGAGCCGGGCUGGCAGGGCAGGGCAACGAGCCUGCUACUAGCGGUACUACGGGAGUAUGCAUGAUACAGUACGAUAAACUGCUUCGUUGUAUAUGUAGUACGAUACCCUACAUAUUAUUUUGUGACCUUACCUCAAGUCGGCGCCUGCAUGUAGGUGAUACCGUGCCUAAAAAUGUAUGGUACAUGAUGCUAUGUGCCGGGUCUUCUCUGCGGUACACGCGAAGGCAUGUACGAGUACUUGGACGAAAAUUACACCUAGACAUUCAUGUAUCUGCUAAUAUAUACUACACCUUUCUUUUCUC